AUGGACUCGCGCAAUCCAGCCGACGCUGUGCCAAUUGGGCCCGGCUCGAGCCAGCCCGCCAGCCCCCAUCCCCGACGACCACCCGCUCACAAGUCUGUAUCGCUGCGACAUACACCCCCGCUAGAAUGGUCCAACGUGCAACUCAGUCGUGUCCCCGCCGGUCAACCCUCCCCUCCGUCUCCGACAGUGCCCCGAAGCGAUCGAGCGAACCCACCAUCCAGCAUAUCGCCAGCCCUGUACAACCACAAGCCAAGCUCGGGGGAGAGCAGUGAUGCUGGGAAGUGGUUUGAGAGAUCGAACAACAAUGUGACGCACGAUUUGUCUGUUGCCGACAAUGAGCCGCCAUUUUUUCUACACAACUCCUCGUCGUCCGAGACCCCUCCCGAGAUGCUGGAGCAGCAAGCAAACGCCCUCAACAUGCACUCCGCAUCCAUGCCGUACCGCCCUAGUGGUGCGCAGCUCCCAGCAGAAAGCAGUGGCAGUGACGAUUACCGCAGCGUCAUCGACGAUCUCACAAUUGUGAACAAAAAGCUGAGGCAAAAGCUGAGAAAAUAUGAGAAACUGUACGACGCUCAUCUACAGAACGACAAGCUCUUCGAAGUCCGGUUCCAUGGCCUCCCAGAUGAUAAAAAGAAGGAGCUGGAGGAGACUCUGCGACAGUUCGCCAUGGGACUUAGCGACAGCCCAUCGAACAAUUCAGUCCCGUCCGUGUUCCCUCCAACAGCCUUGAAGAAUGCGACCUCCUCUCUCACCUCUACCCGUUUUGCAGAAUCCGGAUAUGCUUCCAUGUCCGCGUCUGGUCAAAACUCGGUAUCGGUACCCUCUAGCAAUACUCUCGCUAACUUUAAGAAGCCUGUGAAAUCACCGCUCAACCAACAGCACCAUAACGUCCAAUCAUACCUUCAUGACAUACCCGCUGGUCUUAUUGGAAAGCCCCUCCAUCUGACAGAGAAGGCGAAAAAGAAGCUCGUAGUCCGACGGCUAGAACAAAUAUUUGCUGGCAAGCUUUCUGCGCCGGGAGAUCAUCCGCAUCCCGUGCAACAGCAAGAAGUUGCCCAGUCAGCCGCGAGAGCGGACCGAGCAGCACGAGAGCUUAGUGGUCAACUUUCAGGAAAGGAAGGGAUUCGAGAAGCUCGCAUAAUGCCUCAAGACGAUGAUAUGAGAGCAUCAGAGGACACAUCACCGGACGUAGCUAGGCAGCCUUCGUCGUCCAAGGAAUUAGCAGAACCAAACUCGUCGAGUUCCGGAUCGCCAGACCAACGGCCUACAAGGCCUUUGGAUCUAGACCCCUAUCGAGCUCAGGUCCCUUCGGAAAACAUGGAUUAUAUCCGUCACUUGGGUUUCACGCCACCAGAUAUGGUUUCCGGCGACGCUCCACAAGAUGGCCACGGCUGGAUAUACCUUAACCUUCUAAUAAACAUGGCUCAACUUCACACAAUCAGUGUCACCUCGGAUUUUGUCAAGAAUGCUGUUGCUGAUUAUAGUAACAAAUUUGAACUGUCUCACGAUGGUCGUAAGAUACGAUGGAGAGGUGGACACGAUGUCACUCGCAACAGCAGUGAUAGCUCAUCGGAGCAACUAUCAAGCGCUUCGCCAGAUGAUAGUGACGAGAUGCAAAGACGAGAAAGAAAGCAAGCCAAAACCGGCCGCACACACAGCGGAGCAAGCAUGGAUCCUGCACACCACGCUCGAAAGCUUGCUAGGCAGGAGAAAGAACGGGAGAAGAACAAGCUGGCUUACACGCCAUUAUUUUUCCAUCAACCGAGCUCAGAAGGCGAUGAUGAGUACAAUUACGAUGUUGACUCUUCGGAAUACUCUGCAAUGCCGGCUAACGCAACUGGGAACUCAUCUGGCCUCAAUUUCUCCGGAGCCAGCCCUUCGCGCAAGCGACGUGACACGGGACCGAUCAUUUUCUACAACAAUGCUAGAUUUUGCACCGAUCUGAGCGGCGACUGGCGUGGGGCUACUCGUACCAAUCCAACGUCCUACGAGAGCAUCACGUCACGCCCUCUCGGUACUCAUACUACCAAAAAAUGGAGCGCAGAACGUGAUGCGGAGCUUCACGACAGUAAGGGUCCGUUGGCCGAUCCAUCGCAGCUUGAGGAGCAGAUGGACAUCGACCACUCAACAUCUGGCGAGAGUGGAAUCAAGUUUGAGUCUGAAAGAUCCGAAGCCGACGACGAUGCAAUGGCAAGCCCAAACCGUAUCAACUUUGAAGCGUCUGGGUUGGGAGGAGUCCAAUCGGUUGACAAUUUUGCCAUUGACGUUCAGCUUAGCAAGAAGCGCGUAAACCACCCACACGACCUAGUAACAGUUCGUCGGUCCGUAUCGAAGUCGAAGCCAUACCCACACAAGAUCCUCGAGGUUUUGAAGCGAGAUGCCACGUCGUCUUCAAAGGACCCUAGAAAUGCCGCGCAAUCCAUCAUAGCCUCAGAAAUUAUAUCCGCAUCCCACCAAGAGCUACCCAACUCUGCUCUCCCUCCCCCGUCAAUGCUCCCCUUCGACUCUUCUUCCGGCGACGCCGACUCGGACGCCGAAUCAGACGUGUCCUCCGCCGCUUCGGGCAUGUCGAGCCAUAUGAGCGUCGAACCACGCAGGUACACCGUGCCUCAGCUCCUGAACAUCUCGCCCCUACAUGACGGCAGCGAACAAUCGUGGGAUCCCGAGGACGACGAUGAAUCUGACAGCGUAGACCUCCUCGCCACGGCUCGCGCCAUCGAUCCUACUGCCAUCCACGCGAGUGAGCGCGAGUACGACUCCAACAUGGCCGAGCGCCUCGCCGAAGACAUCCCCGCGGGCAGCUCUGCUGCGACUGGCGCUGGCGGGAGCGGUUACAACAGUCCUGAAUCCCGGGCUGCGGCUGAUGCCGCUGAGAACGCUGCGCAGGCUGCUGCUGGGGGUAGUGGAGACCACCUGCUUUCUAAAAACUUGAAGCGCGCGCGGACGAGCGAUAAUUUUGCGAUGCUGAAUCCGGGGAAGGCGGCGAAGUUUGACUGA